AUGAAAAUCUUGAUGCUACUCAUCGUCGUCCUGGUUGGUGUCGUCUUCAGCAAGGGGACUUUGGACGUCAAGGAAAAAGGUGGACAGUGUCACAAAAAGAUGGAAAAGACCAUGAGUCAAUACCGGAGGAAGUGCUUGGAGAGAGGAUUUGAAGGUACACUCGGCUACCCUUUCGACUCGUCAAGGAAUAUAAAAGACAUGAGGAACCACGUGCUGAGGGGCUGCUUGAAAAUGGACGCUUGGCUUGCAGGAUGUAAUGCGGGAGGAAGCAACAAAGUGGAUGGCAACUGGAGCGAGUUCUCUGCCUGGAGUGAGUGUUCGGCAUCUUGCGGAGGAGGUGUUACGGAGCGGAGCAGGACCUGUGACAAUCCCGCACCAGGCGAGGGAGGUAACGACUGUGAAGGAAGCGCUGCAGAAAGCGAGGGUUGCAACAAUAUUCCAUGUGUUGUUGUCCCAGAUCCAGUCAAUGGAGGGUGGUCGGAAUGGACUACUUUUACCGAAUGCUCUGCUCCUUGUGGUCUUGGGAUCACAAUAAGAGCAAGGUCCUGCUCCAACCCUGCUCCAGCAUUUGGAGGUCAGAACUGUGAGGGAGAUUCAUCUGAAGAAAUUGAGUGUGAUGCAGGACCCUGCCCAGUGGACGGUAACUGGAGCGAUUACUCUGCAUGGAGUGAGUGUUCGGCAUCUUGCGGAGGAGGUGUUAUGGAGCGAAGCAGGAAUUGUGACAGCCCAGCACCAGAGAAUGGAGGUAACCCCUGCGACGGAGAAGCUGCAGACAACCAGGCCUGUAACCCGGAUCCAUGUCAUGUUGACGGACAAUGGUCGGAAUGGGGAGACUAUGGUGAAUGCUCUGUUGAAUGCGGGACUGGUUUCACACAAAGAGAAAGAUCCUGUGACAGCCCAGCUGCUGCAUAUGGUGGUCAAGAAUGUAUCGGGGAUGCUGUUAAUCCAAAGACGAAAAAGUGUAAAGGUAGGUGUAGGCCCGGCCCGAACGACGGUAACUGGAGCGAGUUCACAGAGUGGAGCAAGUGCAGCAGACAAUGCGGAGGAGGCGUGAUGAAACGGAGCAGGAAGUGUGACAACCCUAAACCAAAACAUGGAGGAAGGUUGUGCGGUGGGGAAGAAGCGGAGAUGAAAGUGGAAAAAGAGCAGAUGGUCUGCAACGAGGAAAUUUGUUCUAAGAACGGAAGUUGGGGUCGUUGGAAGAAAAUACAGGGUUGCUUUGGGCCCGAUUCAGGCUGUGAGAAAAUACGACAACGGGUAUGUGAAAUGCCAAUAGGUGGUGGUGCACCUUGUGAAGGUGAUUCCGAGUUGAGAACGAUUUGUCUAAAUAAAGUCGGGCAAGUCGGGUGCCCUGCACCAGUGGAGCCUGUGAAAUAA